UGCUUGCGCUUGGGAAGGCAGCUCACCAAAAGUCCGCCCCAGUUUCUCCGCUCCGAGGUGCCAUGGCAGCCCAUACCGGUGGGCUGCCCGGACCGCGACACUGUAAAGCUGCCAGCCACCAACAAUACUCUAUUACUUGCACAGGCACAGGAGACUUGGACUGCGCCCAGCAACCACAGGCUCACGUGACAUAGGCCAGGCAGCAUGUUCCGCCGCCCAGGCGCCGGCGCCUCGAAGGCAUCGCCCGCCACGCAGUGCCAGAAGUGUCUCCAGCGGGGCCACUACAGCUACGAAUGCAAAGCCAAAGCCUCGGAGCGGCCGUACAAAGCGCGCCCCAGCCGCACGCAGCAGCUACUCAACCCGACCCUCAAGCCCAAGCUCACCACGGAAGUGCCUGGCGACCUCGUCCGCAACAAGGGCACCGCGGACGAUAUUCUGAAGAAGAAGGAUGAGGAGCGCGCGAGGGGCCAGAAGAGGGGGCGGAAGAGGAGCCGGUCGAGCAGCAGAGGCCCGAGGAGCGCGAGCUUCGACUCGGUGAGCACCAUUUCGACCGACCGCGCGCGCUCGCGCAGUCGUUCACCUCGGCCGCGCUUCGACUCUGCGCCUGGGAGAGACGCUCGGUCGCCUGGGAGAGAGGCUCGGUCGCCUGGGAGAGACGCUCGGCCGCCUGGGAGAGAGGCUCAGCCGCCUGUGAGAGACGCUCGGCCGCGCUUCGACGAUGCGCCUGCUAGGGAUGUUCUGCUGCCUACAAGAGACAGCCCACCGCCUGCGAGACAGCCUCCCCCACCGAGGGCAGCGCCGAGGGAGAGGAGCCUGAGUCCGUUCAGCAAGCGCGUUGCGCUGACACGAUCGAUGAACCGGUAGCAGUAAAACGUCAAAACGUCAAAACGUCAAAACGCCAAAACGUCAAAACGUCGGCUAGGGAUUGGAGUGCAUUGUGCAAUUAGGCGUCUUGCGGGCAGCAUGUCAAUUCAGAACCUCGAGGCUGGCAGCCUGGGUGGUGGUAUUGGAUAUCCUCAACUAGUGUGUGGUGUUGGGUAUCCUCAACUAGUGUGUGGUGCUGGGUACCCUCAGCUAGUCGUGUGGUGUUGGAGACCCUGAAAUAGUCACAUCGUG